AGAUUCUUAGCUUGAUCGUUCACUUUUCUUGACCCUUUUUUUUUUCUAUUUAAUUGUUUUUUUUAUGCACGUUUACUGUGUUUCUGUGCUGAAGAUAGUGACCUUAUGGAUUAAUUUAUGAUUUGUUUUUAAUAUUUCAUUUCUGGGUGCUUUAUUUUAGUAAAUACAAUGUAUUUCUGAUGAUUUAUUGGCUGAUAGUUCCUUUAAUUUUUGUUUCUCUGUUGCUCUGUGUUGAACUUAGUUACCAAAAAAAUAUGCAGAAUAGGGUUUUAAUGUACUUCAGAUGCUGAUAGGUUAGAAUGAUGCUUAAUCAUUUACAGCUUGAUAACAAAAAGUAGGUUUUGAGCUCAAAUAAAUGACUUUGUGCUGUGCUUAAAAAAAUGUUUUACAUAUUUCUGGUUUGAAAAGAUCUUUUGUUUGUUAACCAGAGCUCUUCAUGGUAAGUGUUAAGACUUGAGAAAACUCCUACUGACUAAUUUGUUUCAUUUUGGUAAAAAGAUUAAUAGAUUUUUCUCUGUACCAUGGAAUGAGAAUUCCCCCAACGCGUUGAGUUUGGCUUGUGAAUUUAUAUAAACAUUGGUUUUUGGGGUGUUAAAAUGGAGCUAAAUUUGAUCUUUUAGAGGGCAUUAUAUGGCAUUUAGUCAUGUUUGUAUUCGGCACUUUUAUUACUAAGAGUGAAUGGAGUUAAAUUUCUGGAUGACCAUUUAGUAUUCUUCUUGAGAGGAUUAAAGACUCUUGGUAGUCCGUUAUACUCUUUUAUCUAUUCGGUCAUCAUCUGGUAGAUGUUUGAAAUAGGGCUUUCUCAUAAAUGAACUAUUUAGUCAAGAAAACACAUAAUGGAGAGCACAUCUAGUCAAGGGAUCGAUUCAGAUGAAAGUAUAAGGUGUUUGCAAGUUGAAAACUUUGAUGAGCAGGAAUUGGUUGAUCCUGAGCUUCCGGACAACAUUGAUUUGUGCUUGGGAGAUGUUGACAAGAUUAUAGAAGAGUCUACUGAGAGUUUACCUUUGUUAGGUAAUGCUGUGGAACCGUACAUUGGCAUGGAGUUCAAGUCAAGAGAUGCAGCAAGGGAAUUUUAUGUUGUUUAUGGCAGACAUACUGGUUUUACAGUGCGAAUCCAUCAUAAUCGACGUUCACGAAUAAACAAUAUGGUAAUUGGUCAAGAUUUUGUUUGUUCAAAAGAAGGCUUUCGUGAAAAGAAAUAUAUGUACAGAAAAGACAGGAUUCUUCCUCCCCCACCUAUUACUCGAGAAGGCUGCCCCGCAAUGCUGAGGCUGGCUUUAAGGGAUGGGGUAAAAUGGGUUGUUACCAAAUUUAUAAAGGAGCAUAAUCACUCAUUAAUGUCACCUGGAAAAGUACCAUGGCGAGGGCCUUCCAAAAACCUGAUCAGUGAGGAUGAGAAGGAUCAGAGAAUACGAGAGCUAACCCAAGAGCUGAACAAUGAGAAACAAAAGUGCAAACGGCGGUGCGCAGCUUACCAGGAACAAUUAUGCACAAUAUUGAAAUUUGUUGAGGAUCAUACUGAUCAAUUGUCGAAAAGGGUUCAAGAUAUAGUCAAGAACAUAAGAGAACUUGAAGAAGCAGAGCUGGAAGAUUCAGAUUGUAGAUAUGUUUAAUUUGUCUUCGCACUAGGCAUAAAUAUGUCUGAUACACUGUACAAUUCCCCCUUUCCCACCCUUUGUUUGGAUUUUUCCGAUGUCGAUUUACUGAUGCAAACAGAAGUUAAUUUGGAUCAUUCCCUGCAAUUUGAUUUUAAAUGCAAACAAAAGUUAUGAUCCUACCUCUACAUCAAUUACCAAAUAUCUCUUUUUU